AUGGCAGUCGAUCUCCUUGCCAUCUGGGAGUCCACCAAGACAAGACUGGACCGCUACGGAGGACAGAUCAAGCAGCUGAUGAAGGACGAAGCUUGUGCUGAAGGCGAGCUCGAAGCCGUCGCUGAGCGUCGUAAGACCAUAGCUACGGAUCUUGCGGUACUCAAGCAGAAACGGGCAGAUCUUGAGGUGGCGAUGCAGCUGCCUGAGAUGAAACGAGAAAAUGGUGACUUAGUUUCAGGCGCGGACAAAUCCGGUGUUCGUGUGCCAGAAGUGGCCACUGUUCAAGCUGCAGGGGCUCAAAGCAGUGACGAGCAUCAAGAGACUUUUCCGGUUGGUGUCGUGCCUGCGAAGGAUGCGACCAACACUCCUCAGCAUACAAUCAGCGUUCGUCAGCAAGGAAGCAUUGCCCCUCAGCAUGAUGAUAAAGCUCCUCAGCAUGGUGACCAAGCUCCCCAGCGUGGAAGCAGCGGGCCUCAACGUACCGGUGGCACACUUCGACAUGAUCCUACCUCCCCGCCAGAAGACGAUGGUGAUGCGGACUUCGCGGCCAUGGACAAGCGCACAGCUACGAAGCCACAAUCAUCAAAGCGCGGGCGCUCUGAGUCGCCAGACCCUAAAGACACAAUCACGGCGAAGCCAAGAAACUUGCAAAUCACGGGAAAGGAUAGACAGCCCGGUUCAAGCAACACAAAGCAUUUCGAAGGCAUCGUUCCAGACUUCCCGACCAUUGUUCGAAAUAGAAACGGCCGAUGGGUGGAGCUUCGCUGUCAUGUCUGUGGCGAAAACCUUGUUUAA